CAGUGUAUUGCAUUUUUCAUCUGUAUCUACUCCAAACUGCACUUUGUGAGACAGGAUAUAACUGUCCACAGAACACUUAUAUUCCGUCAGUGUUGCAAUUGGAAUAUCCUCUGUUGUCACGUUUAUGUCCAGAAUGUCCUCUUUUAUCUAUAGGAAGGUUGAACCUAAUGAGCGGCUGCAGCAAACUGAUGCCCAGUGAUUUAGUUUUUGACAGCAUGAACAUAUAGUCUUUUACUCUGCGUGGUCCUGGAUUCCACUUGUGUCUAGUGGUUUUUCCCACAUUUUGUGCAGUUCUUUGUUUUAUUUUGCAUGGUUUGCAGUGGUUGUGUUUUUGUUUUUACUGCUUGUGACUGUAUGUCUUUUUGUUUUAGUUAUAAUACUUGAGAUGGUUAAAGGGACUGAACAUACAGCAAUAAAGUAAGAAUGAUCAUCAGACGGUAUAAAACAGAACUACGUUUUUUAUGGUGGAAGCGAGCAAUGCCAACUGAACUGCAGUAGGUGGCGGUAUGCACUCCAAGCUGUUUACGCUAUCGAAAGAAAGAAGAAGAAGAAGAAACAACUGCAAGGAAAGAGAAGUAAAGAACGUAUUAAAUCAAGGUAAUUUUCCAUUCAGACCAUCGUUCACCGCUCCACUAUAGAGCUACUGAUGGAAGCUUUAUUGUGGUUAUAAAUAAAUUACUACUCUACGGGACAUUGGUUUCAGCUGAUACAGUUCGGAAAGACAGGACAUCAUGACCCGACAUGGCAAGAACUGUACAGCUGGAGCUGUCUACACGUACCAUGAGAAGAGGAAGGACACAGCGGCAUCCGGUUAUGGAACACAGAGCGUCCGCCUGGGGAAAGAUGCUAUCAAAGACUUUGACUGCUGUUGCCUGUCCUUGCAGCCCUGCCAGGAUCCUGUGGUGACCCCAGAUGGAUACUUGUAUGAAAAACAGGCCAUUCUUGAAUACAUUCUUCACCAGAAGACUGAAAUAGUCAAAAAGAUGAAGGCUUAUGAGAAGCAGAAGCAAGCACUAAAGAGCAACAACCAGCUGGAGUCCAAAUCUGAGGAACGGCAAAAGGUGGAGAGGUUUAAAACCAGUGAGAACAGCAUUGUGUCCAAACCCAUUAACCCUUUUAUAUCUGGGCCGAAGAAAGACAGUGAGGUUAGCAGCUCAGGAGAACCAGUUUCUGCUGGUCCAGCCACUACCUCCAGCCAGAGCCUGCCGAGUUUCUGGAUUCCUUCUCUGACACCAGAGGCCAAGCCCGCUCUCCUUAAAAAGCCAAGUAAAGCUGCGUUGUGUCCCAUGUCGGGACGACCCAUAAAGAUGAAUGAUCUAAUCCCUGUGCACUUUACCCCACUGGACCCCAGCCUGGAUAGAGUGGCCUUGCUCAACCGCCAGGAAAGGUAUGUGUGUGCAGUGACCAGAGACGCCCUGGGUAACAGCAUUCCCUGCGCUGUUCUCAGACCCUCAGGGACAGUGGUGACUCAGGAGUGUGUGGAGAAGCUGAUCAAAAAGGACAUGAUUGAUCCCGUGUCUGGAGACAAAUUAACAGACAAAGACAUCAUCCCACUGCAGAAGGGUGGAACCGGCUUUGCAGGCUCUGGAGUUGACCUCAGGGCCAAGGAGGCACGUCCAGUGAUGCAGGCAUGAGAGUGUGGAGGAUGUGGAUCUGCCCACAGUGCUCACAAUGAUGUAAAGUCCAUCUUAUCUGUAGCCCGGUGGAAUAUUUUUGUAGCUUGUUGCGACUUGUGAAUGACUUUAAUCCCUUGUUUCUCUAAGCAGCCGCCAUGUGACAAACACUUCUUAUGUAUUGUAUUUGUUUUAUUUUUGUCUUCUGAAUGGAUCGUGUGGCCUGUCUAAAUAAGGCAAUAAAUGAAACGGCAAAUAAAAGGAUUUUUUCAAGCCAAGCA